AUGGCCUCGGUGACUCCGGCAGGCGGCGAUGGCCUGGGCGAUGCGAGCGGCGGCGACCUCCCCCGCUUCGAUGGCGGUGGCGGCUACUCCAGCUCGGAGUACAGUAGCGCGGAGGAAGAUUUUGCGGAGCCGGCGUUGUCGAUGGAGCAGAGGCUGCGGAUGGCGCAAAUUUGGGUGGACAACCCUAGCACCGCCCAUCACUGGACUCAUGGCUUCGGUGGUGUUCUUUUGUAUGAUGACAUUUUGGAUGUUAGGUUCUUUUUUGAUGCUUCAGAAAUGUUAGAGCUGAAGCUCUGCAGUUCAGAUGUAACAUACCUGAAUAUGAUUGCAGUGAUGGAAACCCAAGGAUUUAGUGAAUAUGAUCUGCUGUUUCACAUUGAGAAUCCAGAUUUAGGGGAGAAAGGAUUGGAGAUGGUAGAGAGUAAUGCUGAGUUGCAACUAGUAAAGAGGCAGGUUGAGGAGUGUAAGGUUUUAAAUUUGCUAGUGAGGGCAUGUGCACCUCCUUGCAGCAAGUUUCAGAGGCAAGAAUUAUCCACUAUUGUGUUAUAUGAUCUCAGUGAGCCACCCAUCUAUGCUGUUGAUGAAGAAGGAGUUGCCUUUGAAAGUCAGAGUAGCAGCUGCAGUUUAGUAGCUCAUGGUACUGGUGUUUGCACACAAGAGAGCAAGAAUGUAAAAGGAAAACUGAAAGCUGUUUUGGAAAUAGAAGAAGAAGAGGGAUAUGAUGGCAGUGGUGGUUCUGAUUAUGAAGGUGAAGAUGACAGUGAUGUAAACCCUUUUUAUAUGGGUGAUGCUGAUGACAUAGAGAUGGAUGAGGGAAAGAAACAGAGAGAGUAUGAUGAAGUAGAAGAGGAAGAAACAGAUGAUGAAGAAUCUGAGGAGGAAGAAAUGGUGCAUUACUCUGGUGACACAGAGGUUGAGGAACCUUUUGAAAUGGAUGAGGAUGACAAGGUUGUUUCACAGGAUGAAGAAACUGUAAUUGUACAUGAAGAGAAGAAGAAGAAGAAACAGAAGCUUCCAGUUAGGAAAGGGCCUACAACAAGGACACAUUCAAGUGUAGUUCAAGAGGAGGAACCUGAUUUCCAACCUUCAUCUGAUGAAGAAGAGAAAGGAUUGUUGAAGGAGGCUGAUGAUGAUGGUUAUGAGCCAUUGUCAUUUGUGCUGCCAAAGAAAAGGAAGAGCAGGGCAAAGCAGAGGCCUCCUAGAAAAUGGUACAAUGAGAAAAUGGAGGCACCACAUGAGCAAUUAUGUCUACAGAUAUGUUUCAAGGAUCAACAUCAAUUCAGAGAGGCUUUGUUGAACUUACACAUCACUCAAGGCAGAAACUUCAAAUAUCAUAGGAACUCAGAUCAAAGAAUAAUUGUAGAAUGCAACCAAAAACAUUGCAACUUCUUUAUGGUGGGAGCAGUUAUAAAAGGUGAAACUACUUUUGUAAUUAAGAAGAUGAGAAUUAAGCACACUUGCCCUAUUAGUACAGAGACAACAAGGGUAAGUGCCAAGUGGCUUGCACAGAAGUAUGAGUCACUGUUCAGAUCUGAUCUAACAACUGGCAUUCAGACUUUGAUUGAUGCCUGCAUGGAGAAGUAUGGUGUGGAUGUGCCCAAGUCAAUGGCAUAUAGGGCAAAGAACCUAGCUAUUGAUGUUGUGCUAGGAGACCACAAGAAGCAAUACCCUAGGUUGAAAGACUAUGCUCAGACAGUGAUGGAUACAAACCCUGGGAGUAGAGUAGUAGUCAGUACUGUAACUCCAACACCCACUGAAAAAAUCCCCCAUCCAGGUCCAAGAUUCCAUGCUAUGUUCUAUUGCAUCAAUGGAGCAAGGGAGGGGUUUCUCAAGGGGUGCAGACCAUUCAUUGGUUAGUUUGUUCACCUUGUGCAUUAGUUACAUAUUGUUUCAUCUUGAAAUGCAUUUGAAUGUUUUUAAUACUGAAUUUGCUUGCU